UCGAACUCAUUUGGACCAUCACACUCCGUUUUCUCGGUUCUGCAAAACACCGUUUACGACACGCAACGGUUUUGAGUUUUGAGUUUUGAGUUUUGAGUCGUAGUCGGCGGCAUAUGCAGACAAACAAAUUCUCGGGUUUAGGGUUCAGCUCUUCUACAGAUUAAAAUAAAUCUCCCGCUACAAAAUGCAGCAGCCGCCGCCUCCGGCGUCGAAGCUCUCCCCCAAUGCCAUCACCACCGAGCAGAUUCAAAAGUGCCUUGAAGACAACAAGAACCUGAUCAUGGCUAUAAUGGAAAAUCAAAACCUUGGAAAGUUCCAGGAGUGUGCUCAGUAUCAAGCAGUACUCCAAAAGAACUUAAUGUACUUAGCUGCCAUUGCUGAUACUCACCCACCUCCACCAACACCAACACCAACACCACAAAUACCAAAUCAUUCUCAGGGGAAUCCAAGCUUGCCACCAGGUUUCAUGCCUCAGCAGCCUAAUAAUUUCAUGCAGCAACCUCAACCUGUAGCUCCUCCUCAGCUUCCUAUUGGUGGUGGUGGUGGUGGUCAGAAACUGCCAUUUCAGUUGAAUUCACUUCGGACCCCAGAGCAGCAACAACAAUUGUUACAGUUUCAGCAACAGCAGCAGCAGCAGCAGCAGCAGCUUCAGGCACAGAUGGGUCUGAGGCCUGGUGGUGGUGGUGGUGGGCAGGGUGGUUUGUUUGGAAUGCAUCAAGUUAUGAACCAUGGUGGUGGUGGUGAUUUGAUAAAUGGACAAGGAAGCAAGCAAGAUGGAUCUGAAGGUAAUAGGGAUUCAUGAAUGUAUCCUUAAAUUAUAUAUAGAUAGGAAAAAAAACAAACCAAAUCCAGUAUCUUUUCGUGUUUGUUGUCUGGAAAAGUGGUCUGCUUUGUGGGUUUUGUAUUGUAGCUGCCUAAUAAGGUGUUGAGAGAACUGAUUUCACCAAGUUCUAAGAAAUGUAUUUUUUUUAUCAAGGAUAUAAUGCAUUCAUGCUUCAACAA